AUAAAUCUGAAUUUUCUGAAGUCUCAGAAAAUAGUGUUACCAAAAUUCUUACAGAUGUUACAGAAUCUUCAUUUUUAUUAAUUGAAAAUGACAUAAAAAAUUUGUACUUAACAAYAUGAAGUAAGUUAAAAAUAAAAGUYUUGUUGAAUAACCAAUUUGUUUUACAUUUUGUUAAAAUCAUGUUUAUUAUAAUAAUACCUGUAAAACGGUUUUCAGUAAAAUUAAGGGAUACAUUUUCCCUACUUACUAGGUAUGUUUACAAUUUUAUACCCAUAGCAACCACUGAAUGUAGUCAUUACUUGCAUUAUCAGUGAACUAGUCUUUUAAUAAUGUUGUGAUUUGAUUAAUGCUAUAAAACUAUAAAACAUUAAACAUGGAGCUUUAUAGAGUAGAUUACACAUUGUUAGGCAUGGUUUCUUCUAAUUGCAUGAAGGUUUUGCCGAUUUCUCAAAGUGAUGCAGCUGAAAAGAAGACACAAAAAAUUAUUGUUGGUGAUCAAGAAGGUAUUGUACAAAUGUUUCAAAUUCGAAAAGGGAAAAUUAACAUGUUAUUCAAAACACUGCCUGUAGAAAAAAUAACUGAAGUUUGUUUAGGAGGAGCUCUUGGUACUGUUCAAGAUAAAAUAUUUUUAUCAAUGGGGACAUCAGUUCGUGGCUAUACUAAAAAGGGCAGAAUGUUUCUUAGUUUUGAUACUGGAUUAUUGGAAUCAAUUAAAUGCAUGUAUGUGACUGGAAAUGAACUUUUGGUAUCAGGAAAACAUAUAUUUAGUCACUUUAAUGAUUGCAAAGACAUAAGUACUUAUUUAUGUCCAGAAUUAAUAAAUAGCAUUUUAACAUUAGAUGUAAUAAAGAUGCAAGGUAUAAUGCCUAUUCUAGCUUGUGCAGAUUUAUGUAUUAGAAUACUUGAGGGUUCAACUGUAAAAGAAACAUUUUAUUUAUCAUCAGAGCCAACUAUUUUACAUUUAAUGAAAAACAAUGGAGGUUCAUAUGGAAAUGAAGUUUUAGUGGGACUGCAAAGUGGUCAUAUUGUACUUCUUAAAAUAGAAAAAAAUGCUUCUACGRSUAUACUUUGGGAAAUGGUAACUCAAUCAAAGCAAGGAGCAAUUACAUGUAUUGAUUGUUAUGAAUUUAAUGGAGAGGAUCAUCUUUUAAUCGGUCGUCAAAGUGGUUCGGUUGAAGUUUAUUCAUUAGACUCACAUUCUGUCCCUAUUGAAAAAUAUAAAUAUAGUUGCUCAGAGAGUAUAACUUCAAUUCAAGGUGGAGCUAUAAGAUGUUUUGGUAUUCCAGAAAUUGUUGUCACAACUUUUACAGGUUGGCUUUUUGGAUUAAGUUUCGUUGAUCAACAUAUUGAUAAAGAAAUUGUAUUGGAAUCAUCAAACAUAAUUUUGAACGAUGAAAAACAAAAAAUAUUAGAUAUAAGGACUGAAGUAAGUGAUCUGGAAAGACAAGUUGCUAUAGAAAGAAACAAAUAUUUGGAAUUUACCCAAAAAAGUUCAAGACCUUCUGUUUUACCUUAUUUAGCUGUUAAGAACUCUAUGUUUUUGGAUUCAGAAAAAUUAAUUUAUCAUUUAAUCAUUGAACUUGAAGCUACUAUUGAUAAUGUUUUAUUGCAAUGCAAUUGUUCAAUUAAUUUGAUUGAUAUUGAAAACAAUAAUAAUGCUGUAGUGAGCAAAAGUAAAUGUAAAGAAGAGGUAUAA